GUCCCGGACUGACCCGUGAUCCAAUUCCCUCGGCCUAGUAGUGUCCAUUCCCGACACAGCCGUCCAACGCCACCAACCCCAUCUCAAUGGAUGAAGAAAAGGCGGCGGCCUACUAUGACGAGCUCUCUCGAAAAGGAGGAGGCGCUGCUCGAUUCAAGCAAGGUCUGGGCUUUUCUGCCGCAUCCAGCUCAAACGACGCCGUCCCUUCCGUAGGCUCUGCCAUCCCUUCCGCCGCUUCCUUCCACAGUAAGUUCGUCAGAGAGUCGAUUCCUUCGAAGAAUGAAGAGGCAGAGAAAAAGCACCAGCUUCACACAAUCCAGAACAAGCUGAAGAAGAAACCUAAAGAAGAAGACAAAUCCAUUUCUGCUUCGAGGGUUUCCAGGGACCGGCAUAGUGACAGUAAACAUUCGCGCCCUAGCCGUGAAAUUCACUCGCGCGGAAGAAGCCGGAGUAGAAGCCGAGAGAGGUAUUCUAAGCGCCGGAGCCGGAGUAAAGAUAGGGAGAAAGAUUCAAGUCUUAGAAGCAGGAACGACAGCUCUAACCGCAGACAUAGGUCUAGAAGUCGAAGUAGAGAGAGAGCUAAAGAGAGGAGGAGGAGGUCUAGUAGUGGUUCAGAUGAAGAGAGGGACAAGAGGAGGAAGAAUAGGAAUGUGUCACCGCCAGAUGCAAGAUCAGAGAAGAAGUCUAAGGCUGGAAAGGGUAGAAAAGAAUGUGUUGAUUAUGCCACGGUGAUUGACGGGUAUGACAAAAUGACUCCAGCUGAAAGAGUUAAAGCCAAAAUGAAAUUACAGCUAUCUGAAACUGCCGAGAGAGAUGAAGCAAAUGGAAUGGGUUCUGGAUGGGAACGUUUCGACUUUAACAAGGAUGCUCCUCUGGAUGAUGAGGAGAUUGAAGUUGCAGAAGAUGAUGCAGUGUUAGUCAAACACAUUGGUCAAACUUUUCGGUUUUCUACAAUGGAGGCUAGAAGGGAAGACCGAAUCAAGGCUGCUCAUGAUGAGGCUAUUUUUGGUUGCUCACGUCAUGACGAGAAUGUUGAUGGAACUGCUUCACAUCCACCUUUCAAUGAUGCUGAUGAUGAAAUAGAAAAAGAGAAUGUCAAAACCCCUGAAAGCGACCCUUUGACGAAUCUCAUCAGUGACCAGGUGAUGGCAAUGCAAGGGGUUUCAUGGCGUGAUCGUGCCCGACGAUCUUAAUUGAAAUGUAUUUUGCUGGAAAAAGGUGGCAGUCUCUUAUCUUCACAUCAUUCUUGACUUGCGAUGACAGUUGAAAUCAUGUUUAGCAUGUUGCCCUGGGAUUAUGACCCUUGCCUCUAUAUACGAGCUUAAUAGUUGUUUCCUGUCCCAAUUUGAAGGUCCUGUUGCGGUUUACGAGGCUUGAUCGACGAUAAAGCAAACGAAUCCUUGUCCGCACACAAAUUUCUUGUAGCAAAUAAAAUUUACAUAUUCAGAAACUACAUUAAAAGUUUUACAAAGUCGUAAAUGCCUAAAUCAAAUUUGAUAAAAAUUUGAUAUAAAAAGUAAGUGAUUAAGAGUGACUUGUGUUGACCAAGUGAAUAUGAACUAGGACCAUCAAAUUGGGACGGAGGUAGUAAUACACAACAAAGACCAACAUUUGAAGGGCUUUGACAGGACUAGUGUACAACAAAACAUAACAUUUGAAGAACACAUCAAUUGUUUUAUAAUUUAAGACGAUGUUAGAAUCUGGGUAGUUCCUUUUGUAAGUUUUGUUAUUCUACAAGGGAUUUGUCUACACAUUGUCCACUUCUUACGUGUAAAUUGAUGUAAAUGAAAAACAAAGCACAAUUAUAUCAAAAUUGAUGACAUUCAAUUUUCAAAUGCCAAUAAAAUGAAAAAAAAAAACUUUUAGAUUAG